AUGGUCCUGGAAAUUAGGAAGGGGAUAGAAGUGAGAAAAGUGGAAGCGGGGAAAGAAGGAAUGGUGGAGGUGAUAGUGGAAACGAACAAAGAAAAAUGGAGAUUAGUGGGGGUAUAUAUUAAUGGGGAUAUGGAAAAAAAAUUGGAGUGUAUGAAGGAAUGGACGGAGGAGGGAGACGGAGUAAGGACUCUAAUAGGUGGAGAUUUCAAUGCCAGAACUGGAGAGGAUGGUGGGGGAGUAGACGAACAGAAUUGGGAGGAGGAAGGGGGGAGAAGAAGGUCAAAGGACAAGAAGAUGAACAAGGAAGGGAGAGUGUUGGUAGGAAGGAUAGAGGAGGUAGGGUGGGCAAUUUUUAAUGGGAAUAUAGAAGGGGACAGGCAGGGAGAGUGGACUUUUACUGAGGGAAGGGGGGAAUCAGUCAUAGAUUAUGUGGUGGGAAGUGUGGAGACCAAGGAAAUGGUGAAUAGAAUGGAGAUAAGAGAUUGUGUGGAUUCCGACCCCCUGGUGGUGUGGAUCGGAGGGAACGAGGGGAAUCAAUUCGAAAGAGGAGGGGGAAGUACCAGAAGAAGAUGGGUAUGGUUGGAGAAGGGAAUAGAAGAUUUUAGAGAGGCGUUAGGAGAGCUACCAGUAGGCGAUGGGGAGGUGGAGAGAGUGUGGGAGGAAAUGAAAGAACUGGUAUUGGAGAUUUUGAAGAGGGGCAAUAAAGAGAAAGGGGGGAUAGUUAGAAGAGGCUGGUGGGACGAGGAAUGUAGGAUAAAGAAAAAAGAGGUGAGAAGGGCAUUGAGGAGGUGGAGAGAAGGGGAAGGGGAUAGACAGUGGUACAAAAAGGAAAGGCUAGAGUAUAGAAAGCUGAUGGAGAGGAAGAAGAAGGAGGAGAAUGAGAAGUGGGAAAAAGAGUUGAGGGAGAUAAAAACGGAAAACCAGGUGUGGGAAAUGGUAGGUAAGACUAGGGGGAGAAAAAGAGUGAAUGAGGGGAUUAAAAUGGAGGAAUGGAAUAAAUAUUUCAGGGACUUGUUGGGGGGAGUAAAUGGGAGAGUAAGGAGAGGCGCGGAAAGGGGAAGGGGAGGAGACCAGGAGGAGGGGUUAACACGCGAAGAGAUAAAAAGAGUACUAUCGGGAAUGAAGGAUAAAAAAGCAGCAGGGGCGGAUGGGAUUCCGGCUGAAGUGUGGAAAUACGGGGGGGAGAAAAUGGAGCGAUGGGUUUAA